AUGAACGUAUUACAACCGCCAUCUAGUGUUUGUUAUCCGCUCAACCUCCCUAUUGUACCUAAUCCCAAUCUGGAUGAAGCAACAAGGAAAAAGCUCACGUUGGAAUGCAGAACUGGAGCUGCAGUGGAACUAGCCCGUUCAGGUGUUUUUGUUCACGGUGGACUCACACUACCCUUAAACCUGAGUAUUAUAAAUUCAUUACAAUUACAAAAGGAGCUGAUAUUAUAUUUUGGGAAGCAGAAACAUAGAAAUGCUGAUUUUAAAACAUUAGCUGAUUGGAUAAGCCCUGAGAUAUUCUUUCUUGAUUUAAUCUCGAGAACAUGGCAAAGAAUAAAUACUACGAUAGGCGCUGCGCCGGAAAAUGAGAUGAAUACUGACUUACACUUUAAAGAAAGGUUGCUCCACUCGAUGUGCUUCACAGAAUCUAACAUUUAUAUUUUUGGUGGCCUAAUAGUCUCACCUCACAACGGCUAUGAACUGAUAGCAACAAACGAGUUAUGGAAACUAGAUCUUAAAACAAAGUGCUGGUCUUUGGUCAGUGAAAACCCUCAAAUUACAAGACGAUUUAAUCAUAACAUGCACGUACUAAAUGAAAAUAACGAAAAGCAAGAUACGAAACUAAUCAUAGUAGGUGGAUUAGAUAAUAUGGAUAUUCCUGUUAAAAAAAUCGAUAUAUUUAACCUCCGUACGAAUUUAUGGGAAUCGGAAUCGAAAUCAGACGAAAAACCGGAUUCAAAGCGGUCGCCAAAAAUAUUGGUUAAUAUUGAUGGAAUGCCAAUUUCCUUAUCCCAUGAUUCCAAUUUCUCAGUUUUGAUUGAAAACAAUCAGGCGGAAAUUCCCACGUUAGCAUUAUAUUACCCUCAACGCGAGGCAAACACGUCCAGAAGGGGAACUGACGACAGCAGCUUUUCUAGCUACGCUAAUGAUCUGGACGAAAAGUCAAGAUUAACAAAACAUCACCAUCACCAUCAUGGCGAUCUUAAGUACAUAGAAAGCGAUGAUGCAGAUGAAAGCGCAGUCAAAACACUUAUGUCGCCAAUCGUAAUCUUGCCACUGCUUGGAAAUUCUCAGGGUGCUAGGAUGACAUCGAAUCCUACACAAAAUAACAAAGAAAACUCUGUCUUACAAGUACCUUUUCACUUACAGUAUCCCUCGGGCAAUUACUUUAAUUAUAAUAUUGUCGUAAUAGGAUUCUAUCCAGACCCCCAACCUUCCAAUCUGCAUUGCUUCAUUUAUAAUAUUGCUAGCGGAAAAUGGAUAAGAGUAAACAUAGCAUGUACUGAAUGCAGUAUGAAUACGCAUAGAUUUUGGAAACUUCUGAUCUGGAAAUCUCAUCAUCAAGCUUUAUUACUUGGUACUAGAUCGGAUGAUUUUUGUUCGCCUAGCGUUCAAAAAUUCGAUCACAUUUUAGCAUUCUCUUUACCAAUGUUAAACGGUUACAAUAAAUUAGUGAAUACGAAACAUAGUCGCGCCUGCAAUGGCAUUGCUAAUAACCAUGCCUCAAAGGUAAAUUUAAGUCUUUAUGACCACCUUCCAUACUCUGAUUCAUCAGCAAUUGAACACACAAAUUCAUGCACAGGUGCUCAAGGAUAUUCUUUGGAUGACUCAGAGCUCCCCGGCUUGACUUCAACCACGACCUCACAAUUCGAAAAUUAUUCCCGAUAUAUCACUGUGCCGUUAGAAAUGGAAUCAACCAGCUCUAUAUUCCCCCCAUAUGCUAUGGUGUUGGGUAAAGAUGCUUUAGAAAUAUUUGGCAAGACGUUAUCUGAUUUCGAAUUUAUCACUGCUGAAGGUGAUUCUAUCGGUGUCCCUGUAUACUUAUUAAGGAAAAGAUGGGGAAGAUAUUUUGAUUCACUUUUGUCAAACGGUUAUGCAAAUACAUCGUUCAAUUAUGAAUUUAAUGGAGACCCUUCUAAUAUCAUAAGUUUUUCACCUCAUACGGCCUCAAAGGCUACCAAGUUUGGUAACUCGAGUCAAUCAUCUAGCGGAUCCUUAGAAAAAUACUUUUCAAAAAACGCUAAUAGUAAAUCAAACAGCAACACAAGUCUUAAAAAACCGCAUAGCGUAGACUUUGCUUCAUCAGCUUCGUCACCCAAGCAGCGAGCCCUUUCGCACAGUAAAAUAUCUCCUUCAGAGCCAAUUCUUUAUACAGAUGAUGAGGAGAGUCGGUCAAACACAUUAAAACAACAUGCAACUGUGGAAGUUGGUCCGCAAGAAGCCACUACUUCAAACAGAAGGCCAAUAUCCACCACUUGUUCUUCUACAGGUAUGGUCUUUAGGGUUCCAUUCCAGGACGUGAAAAAUUCAAAGCUGGGACUUUCUGAACAGUCUGGCCGCCCUACUCGAGCAAGCUCUGUUUCACCCCCACCAGUAUAUGGAAAAUCAAUCAACAAUGAUAAUGAUAGCAACUGUACGCUCUCCAAUACACCUCCAGUUUGUCGGCGAGCUUCCACAGUGGGGACCACCAGGAAUAAUUCGGUAGAUGACAGCUUUUCAUCCAUUCGACGUGCUUCACACCCUCUCCAAUCUCAUAUCAUAGCCAAAUCUUCACCCAAUAGUAUAUCAAAGGCUAGCCCCGCGGAACAAGCUUUAUUACGAAGAAAAUCAUCAGCAUUAAGGUUUAUAGCCAGUCCGCAUCAGUCACGGCAAACUUCGUUUGCUUCUACUGCCAGCACCGCCUCUGUUGUAAGUUCCACCUCGGGAAGAAGGCGCCCCUCGAACCAGGUUUCUCAUUUUGGAAGCUCUGCAAGUUUGCCAAGCUCGCCUAUAUUGCCUGUGUUAAAUAUCCCAUUGCCUCCACAAGAAAAGAUUCCGUUAGAACCGCUGCCACCAGUGCCAAAAGCACCAUCAAGAAGAAGCAGUUCGUUGGCGGAAUACGUUCAGUUUAGUAGAGAUAGUCCGAUCGCGUCCAGAAGGUCUUCUCACUCCACCAGAAAAUCGAGUUCUUCGGAUGCAAGGCGCGUCUCUAACUCUUCUUUACUGAGAAAUACUCUGGACUCGCAACUGCUAAGUAAUACUUGUGGUAAUGACAUUCCUUAUGAAGCAAGUGUUCAGGAAUAUGGUAUGAACAACGGAAGAGAUGAAGAGGAGAAUGGGGAUAACGAAGACUACAGCUGUGUCUCACCUUCCAAUAUAAGGCCCAUUUUUUCCACUAUUAAUGCAAUUAAUAUAAACGGCAAUUUUAAAGAAGGCGAAUUCUUCUCUUCAAAAUCAUAUAUUAAUAGUGAAAAAGGUAGGAGGCUUUCUUACAUUUCAAACCCUGAGAGUGUAGAAAGUACAAAUUCGAAUAACAACGCCAUCAUCGAGUUAGAGCCCUUAUUAACUCCAAGAUCAUUGUAUAUGCCUUGGUCAACUGCCUCUGUAAGAGCAUUUGCGGAGUUCUUUUACACCGCACAAAUUAAUGGUAAGUGGCUAUUAGCGCCUGUGACUUUGGACCUACUUAUUAUGGCUAAAAUAUACGAAAUUCCAAUCUUAUACGAACUGAUUACGGAAGUGCUGUAUAAGAUAAUCAGCAAAAAGGAAGAGGGUCUUUCAGUUACUUGCGAGGCACUAUUAAAUUUGUACCAGCAAAAGGUUUCGAGAUAUUGUAAUGAAAAUGAAGGCAAAAUAAGGAAGGAAUUAGAUUCCAGCGAAUCAUAUCAGGAUACCCUGGAGAUAAAACGUUCUCUAGCCAACAUUGAUAACGGAUACGUUGAUUCGUAUCUUUUGCGGAACACUUCUAUGGCGCAAUCAAUACACUACACGGACGACAGUAAUGGGGACACCGAAACAGAUACGCAUCACACGAGAGUUUCUAGUAUAGGAUCGCUUGCCAAUAGGGCUGUUCCUACUGUUUUUGCCGGUGGUCCCAGAGACAGCCACAAUUCGGUUGGUUCAAUUGCAUUCCCUAGCAAUUCGGGUGUUCAAAAUACUCGCCGCUCUGUAUCUUUGCUUAGCCCAGCGGCGAAGAAGAAAUCCAGCCUAAGUAGAGAAACAGACCCACUAGAUACUUCUGAUCGAAUUAUUGAUGAUGUUCCUGAUAGUGGAACAGUGAAGCGGCAGCCGAACUUUUCAAGAAGAAACAGUAGCCUUAUUCAAAAGAUUCCCAUAGAACCUACGAAGAAUAAUUGCCAAGAAAAUGUCUUUAGUAGCUCAAACAAAGCUUCUGACGAUAAAGAGGAACAAAACGAACAAACAGCGUUUCAAGAUAUGUCGAACUUGGAGAAAAGCAAGGCUGAAAUGCCGCAAAGGAGAAACAGUGACGAUGCGAAGAAUUUGGAUGGUAAUACUGACCCAUUGAAGAACAGAGAAACGAAUAUAUGUUCAAAUUCAUCCAAUUUAGAAACAGACCUUUUUAUUUGUGAUAGUUUUGGUAGUGAUUCAAGCUCUUCCCUUCACUCUGAUUCAGAUGAUCUUGAUUCACAGCUAGGCAUUCUGCCUUUCACAAAAAUGAAUAAAAAACUACAAGAACAGACAUCUCAAGAAUUUGAUGAUUCUAUUGAUCCUCUAUACAAAAUAGGAUCCAAUACUCCAGGUUCUUCAAGAUUGCAUGGAUCAUUUUCCAAAUAUAUUAGGCCUAAUUCACAAAGAGAAGAUGUAUCGGAAUAUGUUAACAUAUCUAGCCUAGAAAACAUGGUGUCGCCCAAUGCACUACCGCCUGUUGACUAUGUCAUGAAGUCCAUUUAUAGAACUUCAGUAUUGGUGAAUGACAGCAAUCUGAUGACGCGCACGAAGGAAGCAAUCGAAUUAUCCAAAGUUCUGAAAAGGUUAAAGAAAAAAGCAUUACAAGACAUUUCACAAAUGGACAAUGAAAUGAGGGAGGCUGGAAAACCAAUUUUUGCACGUGGAUCUUCUUCUCCUACUCUGAGUAGGCAACAUUCUGAUAUCAUAUCACCGUUGAAACAGCAAGACAAUACAAGACCAGCUUUGAAAUUGGCAUCGAGUUCCCCGAUCUCGGAGGGAUUCAGGAAAUCGUCAAUUAAAUUCACGCAGACACCUUCCGCUCAGAUUUCACCUAGGACGUCAGUUACCGAUUUCACUGCAUCUCAACAACGUAGGCAACAUAUGAAUAAAAGAUUCAGUACUCAGACGGCACAUUCUACAUCCGCUUUAUUCAUGAAUCCCGCCUUUAUGCCUCCUGCAGUAAAUACUGGACGUAUGGAGAGCGAAGGGCAUAAUGAGGAUGGACCAGCGGCUGCCAACAAGGCAAAUAAAAAAGAAGAGGUGACCCCAAAUGAUAACGAUAAUAUUGUCUCGUUUCCCUUUUUCAGUAAACGAAGAUAA